UCCCGGCCUCCAUCGAACCUGCGCAGCUCUCAGCACCCCAGGGCCAGAGCCGGCGACCCCGGGAAUAUCCGGCUGCCGGGCCCACCCCUGGGCCGCCUCGCGGCCUCCGGCUCUUCCCUUUCCGCGGAGGAAAGAGCUGGGCGCGAGGAGUGGGAAACCCGGACCCACUUCCUGUCCGGACAGGCCCAAGCGUCCGCCUCCUCCGCAGCCUGCUUUUUCCGCAUAGGAGGCGGCCGAGCCUCGGACGCCCGGCGCGGCGCGAACGCGGGGCGAGCGAGACCCGGGCCGCACUCUCCGUCCCAACCCGCCGGCGCCGCAGUAGCCCGCGCGCGCCUCGCGGCGCGAGAGGGUUAAGCGCGCAGGGGGCGGGGCCGGGGCGAGCCCUGCGCGCGGAGUGCGGGCCGAGAGUGGGGAGGGGGCUGCUGCCGGGGGCGGUUCCGGGCGGCGGGGGCGGGGGCAGGCGGAGGAAGGGGGCGGGGCCCAGAAGUUGUUCCGCGCUGGGCGGGCGGGCUGCUGGGGGAGCGGGCGGCGGGCCGGCGGGCGGACCGGGUCGGGGCUGGAGAAGUUUGCGCUGCGGCUCGUGAGCGCAGGGUGCGGGCCCCGCCGGCCGCUGCGCGCCCGCUGCCAUGGCUUUCCGCAGAAGGACGAAAAGUUACCCGCUCUUCAGCCAGGAGUUCGUCAUCCACAACCAUGCGGACAUCGGCUUUUGCCUGGUGCUCUGCGUCCUCAUCGGGCUUAUGUUCGAGGUCACAGCCAAGACUGCCUUCCUAUUUAUUUUACCUCAGUAUAACGUUAGUGUGCCUACAGCAGACAGUGAGACCGUGCACUACCACUACGGCCCGAAGGACCUGGUCACCAUCCUGUUCUACAUCUUCGUCACCGUCAUCUUGCACGCUGUGGUUCAGGAGUACAUCUUAGAUAGAAUCAGCAAACGGCUUCAUCUCUCCAAGGUCAAGCACAGCAAGUUCAAUGAAUCUGGACAGCUGGUCGUCUUUCAUCUCAGCUCAGUGAUAUGGUGCUUUUACGUGGUGGUGACGGAAGGAUACUUAACAAACCCAAGAAGCCUCUGGGAAGACUACCCGCACGUGUACCUCCCCUUCCAGGUGAAGUUUUUCUACCUGUGCCAGCUGGCCUACUGGCUGCACGCGCUCCCUGAGCUGUACUUCCAGAAGGUACGGAAGGAGGAAAUUCCCCGCCAGCUCCAGUACAUCUGCCUGUACCUGGUCCACAUAGCCGGAGCAUACCUCUUAAACCUAAGCCGCCUGGGCUUGAUCUUGCUGCUGCUGCAGUACUUGACUGAGCUCCUCUUCCACAUGGCUCGACUCUUCUACUUCGUAGAUGAAAACAACGAGAAGCUAUUCAGUGCCUGGGCUGCUGUUUUUGGGGUGACCCGCCUUUUCAUCCUCACCCUUGCCGUGCUGGCCAUCGGCUUUGGACUGGCUCGCAUGGAAAACCAGGCAUUUGAUCCUGAGAAAGGGAACUUCAACACUUUGCUUUGCAGGCUCUGCGUGCUGCUGCUGGUGUGUGCUGCCCAGGCCUGGCUCAUGUGGCGCUUCAUCCACUCCCAGUUGCGACACUGGCGGGAAUACUGGAACGAGCAGAGCGCCAAGCGGAGAGUCCUAGCUGCCCCCAGACUACCAGCCAGGCUCCUCAAGAGAGAAUGUGGUUACCAUGAAAACGGAGUGGUGAAAGCAGAGAAUGGAACUUCCCCACGGACUAAGAAACUCAAGUCUCCUUAAGCCAAAGUGCUGAGAACAGGAAUCCUCGUGGUGGGGGCACAGCAGGGGGCGAGGAGCGGGGCCCCUCAUUGCCUCCGCCCUCUGCCUGUGGUGCUCCAUCUCAAACAGCAGAAACCUUUCAACGAGGGGUUUCUCCUUCUUACUUCUUGGCUUUCUCUUCUUCCAUAAACCUUUCUCAAUAAAGCCAAACUCUCCCUCUCUCUCUCCCUCAGGCCGCCUCAUGUGCUCACCUCCGCUGGGUUCCCAGCAGCCUGGUGUUCACGGCUGUCUUUCUGCUCGCCUCUUUCUCUUGCUCAUGGCUGUUGCUUUCUCUUUUACUUCGUAAUUUCACCUUAUUGUGCAAUUUUUCUGUGUCUGAUUUCUACAAUGAGAGGGAGCUAAGAUUGUAGUCCUGUCCGUCAGUCCCCAGGACCUGUCAGUCUGGAAGCCUCGUGCCACGGAGCCUCCAGCUGGGGCCAGUAGCAGGACCCUUGGUGUUCCCUUCGUAGAUGGGCGAGAAGAGGAGAGGCCGGCCCACCUGGAUCACAGUCUCCUUGGUGCUGAUUAACUGACAAGAGCCACGAUUCUCGUUCUGCACGUACCAUCUUGAGGCACAGCAACCACUGCUGGUUGCAGAUGCCAAGGCAUUUGGCUGUGGGACCCGACAAUUCAAUCCAGGAGGAUGGUGUGUUAACUCCAUUGGGUCUCGUUGGGUCUCAUGCCUUCCUGGGCGUGGCAUGGAGACCUGCCUGCUGCUCAGUGGGGGAAGUGCUGGUGAAGAACAAGUCUUCCCACUGUGGAGAGCAAAGCAAAGCAUCGGGCAGCAGGCUCUUCCAGAAAGGUAACAGCAGCAGAAACGAGGGAGAAGUCAUCCUAGGCCUUUCUUUAGCAGUCCUAGCUACAGUUGCUUUUUUGACCAUUCACCAGCAUUCAAAACCAAACCAAACCAAACUGUGCUUUGCAAGCCUACCUGAGAUAGGGUGGUCCUGAGCUCCAGAACCAGCCCUGUUAGGGCUAAACUUUGCUACCUUGAUGUGAUCUCUAGCUGCGGAAGCACUAAGCUCCAGGCUGGUCCCUUGGUGUCCCCAGGGGAGAGGGAGGAGGGUCACUGGGCCAUUCUAGCUCUGGCCUCACUAGUUGAGUGUUCUUUGGAAUUGUUCAUUUGCUGAUGUUUUUUGAGCACACCAACAGCAUUUUGGACUGCAGUAAGCCAGAGCUGACUCCAAAUCAUUGUCCUGCCUGGUAGAGGAGGGUCUUUUUGUCCCCUUCCCUCACAUAUUCUCCCCCAAGCUCUUCCACAUGAAGACAAGGCCUCCAGGUCCUUAUGGUGCCUUGAACGGACUUCCAGAAAGGGGAUUAGGUUUUAAAAAUGUUCUGAGUAGGAACCUUAGAACUCUGAGCUGACGUGAAGGGGAGCCAGAGGCAAAGGGGAGCAGUUCAUAGCAGGCACAGGAAUGGUAGCGUCCGUUGGUAUACUGUCCUCUUUCUGACAUCGAGCAGAACAAACUUUAGAUUUUUAUCCAUAAGGGGGGAAACGGGUCUUUUCAUCAAGGGAAUUUACAAGGUCACUUACAUCAUAGGUAAUUGUUGAACUCACCAGUAACUGAGGGGUUUGUUUCCUAACAACAUCAUAGACUAUCUGCUCAAGGUAAGGUUGCAGAAAUGGGAAGAACUACCCUGGGCUUCUUUAGAUUACCCUUAGGAAGUGGGACAGUGUAUUUGAAAAUAGGCCUUUCUCCCAUCCCUCCCUCUCCUUCUCUGGCACAUCUCUAGGCUGCACAGCAGAACUUGGGUGAGAGGGCAGCUUGUAGCUUGGCAUCGAUGCAGCAGACCUGAUCAGAAACCAAAGUCCUUAGCCAAAUCAGUGGGACAGGCCUGACUCGGGCAGAAAUGGGGUUCACGCUCCCUGUCUUGCCUGGGAGCUGCUGACUAAGUCCACCCCCACCACACCCCUGCCAUGAGCCUGGGUUCUCUCUAGGCUGUGUCGUUGGUAGGGCGUCACCAGCUUCCUGCCAGAGGCCUCUCCCUCUCAGGUGACCCCAAGUUGAAGUGCUGCAUGGUGUUCCCUCAACAAAUACACACAGCAUGCUUGUGGUACGCUGAGCGCAGGGGAGGGGAGCAAAGCUGCUGAAGUCUGGCUGUCAGGCAGCUCCAUCCCAUGCACACGUAUGUAGAUUUCCACUGCUCUGCCCCAGGACACCUGUUGCCACACCCUUCGUGGCUUCUUAGUCCUGGGGUCUCCCGCUGCCAGUGCUGCCUCUGUGUUGUGCCCAGGGUGCAGCACCUCCAGCCCAGUGGCCGGGGGCGGCUCAGGCUGGCCCUUUUUCCCAGUGGUCAGGGACGUGUUCAGGGUUUGUUCUGUGUAAAAAAACAAACAACAAAACCCCAAGACCAUGAGUAAGGCAGCAUCACAACACCCUGGGCUUCGGGGACAUUUUCGGGGUUUUAAGGGUACUCGUAGGGUGUUUUGUCUGCUCCCACCUAGCCUCUAGCACAUUUAUUUUGUGGCAGAGCCAGGUCCUUGACAGGGUUGACAUGAACCAUGUUGCCAGAGCUAAAACAACCCCACUUCAUCCUGUGACCCCUCUCAGGCAACUCAUUCUAAUUUUGGUGACUUUGGCUACUUUGUUCUGUUUUCUUUCUUUUUUUUUUUUUUUUUUGCUUGCUCUCUUGUCCCUAAAGUACCAAGUCACUUGGGAAGGCCCUGCCAUACUGCUCCAAGUUUGAGAGGCCAGCUCAGCACCAUCCACCAAGAGCAGGAGAAAAGCAGUCCCCUACCUCAGCAAUGGUGGCCUCUUAACACCCCUGACUGGCUUAUGCAUGUGGGGAGUCAUCAGACGCCAGUGGCAGGAGAGGGGGGCUGCUCGUUCCCCCCUUAGAGGCUCAGUGAUGAGCAAGUUAUUUUUACUCAAGGUUCUGAUGGCUGCACUAUUAAUAGGAACAUGUGUUCCUUUUGAAGGUAGGGGAUGGUUCUGGGUGAAAGGGGAGCAAGCUGAGCCAGGAGAGAGCUGUUGCCCUCCCGUUUGAGACUAGCCCCGUGUGUCCUCAGCCACCAGACCUAGAUGGUCACUGAGAAUCUUGUCUGUUCCUGUCCUAAGGCAGAACUUACCAACUUUUAAGAAACCAAAAUAGAUAUCUGUGCCGUGGACCCCUCACAGAUGCUUUUCUUGACUAGAAUCCCUGAGACCCUAAAGCCCCCUGAUGCCUGGAAGAGUAUGUGCUUCUGGGUUACCUUGGGGGACCUCCUUCCUCAAUACCCCCGGACCUUUUUUUCUAAGCAAUGAAUUAAGAGGUUGGUUCAGAGUGUGCACCCUUCGAGAUUAAUAAGAUGGGGCUUCUGGCCCCCGUGUGUCUGGGAAAGGCCUUGGUUUGGGUUUCCUUCAUGAGCUUCAGCCUUCCCAGUUGGCUUUCCCCAGGCCUGGUGUGAGAGGAGGUCGGGGCUUGUGGACAGAACUAAUUACCCGGCCCGUGUCCCGAGUGAGCACAUCUCAGUUCUCUAAGGCCUCGGUUCUUCAUUAAUGGAGAGUGCCGAAGGCCUAUGAGGCAGGACAGCCCACUGGGUUUUUUACCUCUGCUUUCUGAGCUUAUGGCCCUUUUCCUCAGGAGAGGGCUUUGGGGAUUACUGGAGGGUUAAGUCAUUGUCAGAUGGCUUGAAAACCUAAAUGGAAUCCCUGUCUGGCCCAUGGUUGCCCCAGUGAGGGGCCUUUACCUACAUUCCACUCCUUGCCAUCCUUCUGGCAGUGAGUGUUAACUCCACCUCCCACAGGCUGGAAAAGACCGCUCCUUCCCAGUGGGAGUCACCUCACUCUUUAUGGAGGUCCCUGGGAUUAGCAGCCUAUGAGGAAGAAAAGCAUUGGAUUUGCAGGCUCCUGCAGAGAUUUUGUCCUGAGCAGAUCCUUUGUGUGUGCCUAUAAUAAGUGCCUUACUUGGCCCUGCAGUCUUCACUUGUACUAUGAGGCCAGCCCCCAGCUACCAGGCCUCUAGAGCUGUUUGUCAUAUGCAGCUGAGGGCACCACACCUCAGUACAGUUACACAUGAAAGGGACGCCGAUUGUGACAGUUUUGCUUCAUUUCUGACAUCUCCCCUCCCCCUUGCAUCAGGGUCUAGUGUGUUCUCUUGUUUUGUUUCUGGUUUCUCCCUUGUGUCAGUUCUCUUGUGGCUUGGAUGGGUGGCUGUAGAAACCUGUGGGGUAGCCCAACCACAGACACCUGUGCCUCAUACCUAUUGGGGAGCUCAGAGCCCCACCAGCCCCUGCCUCUGGCCCCACACAGCAAGCCCUGCUUUUCCUGUCUCCAUCCCAGAUUAAGAACAUAACCAUAAGCCUCUUAUGAUCUCUUUGGCUUCCCAUCCAACCCAAAGUUUAUAUGAUAAAGGUGUUUACUUUUACUUCUUAGUCUCAAGUGUUAACUCAUAGAUAGCUCAUUUGACAGUGGGUCUAGUCUGGCUGGCUGUCGCACAACUGUUUGAGCUCCUAACUCAGUGUUACCUUGUGUUAGUAGCAGCGACCCUCACCCUCACCCCUGCCCCUUGCCUGCCUCCUUUUUCUCUCUCUUCCGGGUUGUGCAAUAACUCUCCCAGCUAGUGGUUUUUUUCCACAGGCCUUUCUGUCCCUUAAAAUGCCCUGCAGUUGGGGGAGAGAUGGGACUCAUGGGAGGGUAGACGUCAUCCCUUACAGAAGACAUGUCAGCCACUUUCCUCAUAUUGCCAUUCUCGUGACCCCGCGUGGGUUUCUGUGGCACUCUAGUAAAACAUGUAGCAUCAUCGUAGAAGUCCAUAUAUUUUUCUUUUCUGAAAUCUGUUGAAGAGGAAAAAUCCAUCCUCAUGAUGGGGCCUAAGACCGUGUCCAGGAAUAAGAUCUGUUGUGAUGCUCCUGACAUCACUGUUGCUCUGUCUAAAAGCAUUCCAGAGCUUCUUGUUCACGUGGAGAGGAAGGAGAUUUUUCUGAGAAUCAGCCACAGGUGGAUAGCCCUGCCCACCUGAUAGCAUCUGGCUGUGAUGGUACGUGUAAGUACCACUGUUUCCUUGAGUGUUUAUGUGAUGAAACUAUAAACCUCAUUUUUCAGUUCCUCUGUUUAAUAAACACCUGAAGGAUGAGCUGAGGCUGCUGGUGCCCUGAGCAACGCAUAAUGCAAAUGCGGACAAAUCGUCUCUUUGUUUUUCUACUUUAGCCUGUUCAUGUUAUGGACCAAAUUACAACAAGGAACUCAAGGAAAAUUUGUACCUGCCAUAUUUAUGCUUUCAUGUAAAAGGGUUGGGGGGGGGAUGUCUUUUUAUUUUUGGUGAACUUUUUUUCAAAAUCAUUUUUUCACUGUUUCUGUCUGGUUUUAAAACAAAUUACAAUUUUGUAUGGAUUUUUGAAAUGUGCAUUUUGAAACAAAUGAUCAAAUAUUUUCUGAAAUACCUGAAUAAAAGGCAUAGAAUUA